CCACAGGGCUUUGUUAUGCUAAUCUCUGGGUAUAAAAUGAGGAGCAGCUCCUCCAGAGACAUCAGAGAACACUGCUGUCCAGAAGAAGACAUGGCUCCCUGCUCCAGCAGCUACUCCUCCCUGCACCACAUGAGGAUCUCUGAGAAGGACAACAUCAAACUGAGGAAGCCCAUCGUGGAGAAAAUGCGCAGAGAUCGCAUCAACAGCUGCAUCGAGCAGCUCAAACUCAUCCUGGAGAAAGAGUUCCACAAGCAGGAGCCCAACUCCAAGCUGGAGAAAGCCGACAUCCUGGAGAUGACCGUGAACUUCCUGAGGCAGCAGCUGCAGGCGGGCGUCUGUCAGGACAACCAGGGCUUCUCCCACUGCUGGAGGGACUCCAUGCGGUUCCUCUCCGGCUCCGAGGCCUCGGUUCCUCCUCUGCAGGGCCUCCAGAAGCUGCAGCAGGUCCAGAGAUCCAGCAGCUCCAGCAGAGGCCCAGUGUGGAGGCCCUGGUAGAGACUAGCCGCCCUGAGACCUGAGGGGUUCCUGUUCCCCUCACUGUGUAGGAAAUCUGUUUCCAUCCUGCUCUUCUCCAGCAGGUCUCCUUACCGUCUCAUCACAUUGAUGGACAAAGUCGAAGAGAAGACUCUCACUCACUGAAGAUGCUUUGACUCCCAGUGUUUCCUUUAACCCUCCUGUCAUCCUGCGGGUCAGACUGACCCGUUUUAAAGUUUGAAAAUGUACGAAAAAAAUUUUCACAGUGAAACCACAUUUUCAACAUUUUUGGGAAAUUUUUGGUGGAAAAAAUGUUCAAAAAUGUUUCUUAAGAACAUUCACAAAAAAUGCUUCUUAAAAUAUCAGAAGUUUUACUGGUAUAUAUGUAAUCACUUUAGAUAUUUUUAGGAUUUAUUCGGAAGAUUUUUACUCAUUCUUUGAAAAUAUUUAUAAGAAUUUUCUUACUGAAUUUGGGAGAUUUUUUAAAAUAAAAUUUUUAAGGGAAAAUUUUCAGGAAUUAUUGAAAUUUUCUUCCUGAAAGUUUUUGCAAAUUUUCAGAAAUUUGGUGGGAGGUUUUUGCUGGAUUUUUGGAUUUCAUACUGACCCAUUUUAAAGUUUGAACAUGUAGGGGAAAAAAUUAUUCAAUGAAACUUCUGAUGUCCACAUUUUCAACAUUUUUGGUAAAGAAAACAACAAAAACAUGAGACAGAUGACAAAAAGACAAAAAAAACACAAGACAAAAGAUGACAAAAAUAAAACAAAAUGACAAAACAUGAGAGAACUGACAAAAGCCAGCCAAAAAAAAACAACAAAAAAGAGACACAAAAUGACAAAAAUCAGACAAAUGACACAAAACAAAACAAAAAAGAGACAAAAUUUUAAACAUUUUUUGGUGGUAGGAAUUAUUAAAAUUUUCUUCCUGAAGGUUUUGCAAAUUUUCAGAAAUUUGGGGGAUUUUUUUGGUGAAUUUUAGGAUUUUUUUUUUCAGACGAGGAAACAGUGUUUUUGCUAAAUGAGGACAACAGGAGGGUUAAAGCUGGAGGCUGAUUCUGAGUGACGACGGUUUCUGUCAGAUUUUGUGAAGCGAUUGUUUACUCCAGUGGAGUUUUUCUGAGGACUGCUUGAUGCACCAGUUUCUGCUGUGUUCUACUGACAGCUGCUGUUGAGAAUAUUUCUCUCUGUUGUGUAUUGUCUAUGCCAAAUGUCAUGUGUGAGGAUGACGGUGUGUGUUUGUGUGGACGUGGAUAUUAACAUUUUUGUGAUGUUCCUGUUGCUUUUUUGCUAUCACAUUUAGGCUCUUAAAACCAAUUCUUUUUAACGUUUGUAUGACAAUUAACAAUAAAAAGACACAAUCAUUGAAGAAAA